GACAUUUUCCGACACCACCAGAGCAGUCUCAGUCCUGUUCGAGACGUUCGUGAUGGUACUUAACGUUCCGCGGAACGGAAUAAACAGUUGAAUAACAUUCAAUUUGGGAAAUAAUUUGGCACAGAAUUGCGCUAGUAGGUCAUGUCGAGCGACGACACAAAACUACCACCGUCGUCGUCGUUUCCUGGAAACGCUUUCGCAAGUUGUGGCGCUCCACCACUACUGGCGGAAUGUUGCCAACCGCGAAGCGAAGAAAGUCAUAUCCUGUCUAUGUACAAAGACGCGACCAUCUUGAUUACCGGUGGAACGGGGUUUCUCGGAAAAAUACUGCUCGAAAAGGUGCUUCGUUGCUUGGAUGUGAAGAAAGUAUUCCUGCUGAUCCGCCGGAAGGACGAUAUGAGCGCCCAGGAGCGGCUGGUGAAGCUGCUGCAGGAUACGGUCUUCGAAAAAGUACGAACUAUCUAUCCGUCCGAGGUGCAACUGUUCGGCAAGCUAGAAGCCGUGCAAAUGGAUCUGGAUGCCGAAGCGCUGCUAUGUGGUGAUGGAAAAUCAUCUAUCAGUGAGCAGCGGUUGCUCCAGGAAACGGAAAUCAUUUUCAACGUGCUGGCCUCGGUCAAAUUCAACGAAACCAUUCGAAACGCGCUGAGCACCAACGUCGGUGGGACACGAAAGGUGCUGCAGCUGGCUCAACGGAUGCAACGCUUGCGGUCGGUGGUGCAUGUUUCGACGCUGUAUUCCAACUGCAAUCGGGUGGAAAUUGAGGAGCGGAUCUACGACGACCUUCCGCUGCGUCAGGAGGUGGCACUUCAGCUUAGCACCACACUGACCGAUCAGGAAAUGGAUCGAUUUCAGCAUUGCUGCCUGGGACCGAUGCCAAAUACGUAUACGUUUAGUAAAAAGUGUGCGGAAGUUAUGAUACGCGAUGAGUUUUCCCAACUCCCGAUUGGGAUUUUUCGUCCUCCUAUAGUAAUCUCCACCUACCGAGAACCGCUCCCGGGUUGGACGGACAAUCUGAACGGGCCCACGGGUUUAUGCAUGUGGACCGUUAAGGGAUUCAUCCACACCAUCUGGGGCGAUGCGUCCAAACGGGCCAAUCUGGUGCCGGUGGAUUACUGUGUGAAUGCAAUGAUCGUAGCCGCGUAUGAUAUUAUGGUGAGACGUCGAGACUAUCAAUGGUGGAACCCAGAUGGAUCAGUGGAAGACGUGAAUGAAGCAGAAAAGUAUGCUGAUCGGGUGGUGAUAGGUGAUGCAUCGAUAGUGAUGGAUAUCGUGCCAACUUACAAUUAUAUGUACCAAGAGCAAAGUCUUACUUGGGGACGUUACAUGGCGAUGUGUUCGAUUGGUUUCGAGAGCCGAAUUCAUCAAUUCGUGUGGAAAUACUCCUACUGCAUCACUGCCUAUCGACCUCUGUUCCGGCUAUUGUCAUUUUGUUUUCACACCAUCCCGGCCCGGCUGCUGGACAUGGUGCACCGAGUUCGGCACAAAAAGCCCUUCUACUGCAAGGCACUACGGAAGACAACGCACUUCCUGGAACUGAUGUCCUACUUCGGUCUCCGUGAGUGGACCAUUGGCAGUGCGAAUGUACGUCGACUGAGAGCACUACUGUCCAGCGAAGAAGCUCGGCUGCUGGAAUUCGACAUGGGAACCAUCAACUGGACGGAGUACUUUCGGACGUACAUUCCCGGCAUCCGGCGGUACUGGUUCAAGGAGCAGGUCAGGAGUGCUAGAGGAUGUAGGAAGUCGGCGACCAACCGAAGGAUCCACUUUAUGCAGCGGCUGCUACAGAGGCUGGUCUGGGUUUGGAUUUGCCUCCGUUUCACCCGGAUGACGUCCAAGUUCGUCCUCGGAAAUUUGUUCGCCAUCCUGAUAGCACAGUAGCUUGAGCGAGCAUCCAUCCGCUCCAGGCAGUACACGCGACGCGGGUUCGCGUAUGUGUGUUUUCUAAUUCAAAUAAUUAUCACCCCGUGGCGUGGCAUCAUCAUCGUCAUCAUCGUCUCGGUUGGUUUAGGCUUAAUUUUACAGAAUCUAUUCGAUGGAUUGGUAAACAAGGUUAUUUCGAACCGGUUGAAUUAAUUAGAAGUUGCAAAUAGGAUGAAAUUGGAGCAGCUUAAUGCAGAAUUACAUAACCUUAACAA